CUCACAAUUUAGUUGUUCAAUAAAUACACAAUUCACCUUGCACCUAAAUCAAUUGUGUUACAAAUUUGCCGUUGGCAUGGCCAUGGAAACAAUUUUGGGCAUCAGGGGACCGGACUUCGUGAUGCUUGCCUCUGACACAAUGCAGGCCAAGUCCCUGAUCUUCAUGAAAGAUGACCAAUCGAAAAUACACAGACUCUCGGACUUCUCCAUGAUAGCCACAGUGGGCGAUGGUGGCGACACCCUGCAGUUUACGGAUUAUAUAUCGAAGAACCUGCACCUGUACAAGAUCGCCAACGGGUACCACUUGAGUCCACGUGCAGCAGCUCACUUCACCCGCAAGAAUCUGGCCGACUAUAUACGCAGCAAUACCCGCUACCAGGUGGCAAUGUUGCUGGCAGGCUACGACGUCGUCGAGGGACCCGACCUGCAUUACAUCGACUCCUUCGGAGCUGCUCAGUCCAUUAACCACGCCGGCCACGGAUGGGGCAGCGUUUUCUGUGGCAGCAUCCUGCAAAGGUACUGGCACCAGAACCUGACCCAAGCGGAGGCUGUUUCCAUCCUGAAGAAGUGUGUGGCCGAGAUCCAGAAGCGUUUAAUCAUCAACCAGCGCAAUUGGGACGUGUUCGUGGUGGACCGUAGUGGAAUGCGUCAGCUGGAGAGCAUCAAUCCGGCCUCACUGAGCUUUGACGUUCUCAGCUUGAACUGGUAGAGCGGAAUCACUGGGACCCGUCCUCAGUUUCUGAAAGCCUAAUAAUUGUGCACUUUAUUUUGGUAAA